AUGGCCGGGAUUGGUGGGAUCGGUGGGAUCGGUGGCGAGGCGCCUUUUUCGGAAGCUGUCGUCUCGUCCAUCCUUCCCGCAUCCCUUCGCGCACUCCCCGCACUCGCCCUCUCGCCGCGCUACACGGGCUGUGCGCUCGCUACUGCUGCGCUGCUGCUCGUCGCGUCGCUCGUCCUCGCCCUCCAAACCACGCUGCUCCACCCCGCACAGCAGCGCGACCCAGUUGACUCGUUUGACUCCGUUGAUCGCAGCUCCUCGCUGCCCUAUGCCACGUAUAAGCCCCUCCCUCCCCACCCAACUCUGCACCGCACCUCCUCUCCUUUCCCCCGCACCACCCCGCCAUUGUCCCCUACCAGACAUGACACACAGCUGCCAUGGGUGGAGUACUGGGUGCAAGCGGGCGUGCAGGCGGUGCUGUGGGCGGACGUGCUGUCCUGGGAGCACGUGGACCCCGACCAUCCCACCAGGGACGCCCUCGCCCACAUGCACGCGCAGAAGCAGGCACUGGUGAGAGCGUACGAGGGGGAGGGGCGAGUGGGGUUUCAUCGCGAGGUGAUGGGCGUGGGCAGCACGAGGGCGCACGUGGUGGAGCGCGUGGUCGCCAUGGCAGCUCACCAGACCUCCGCAGAAUGGCUGCUGAUUGCUGACUCGCCACGCGCCUUUUUCUCCCUGCCCUCCCACCCUCACCCCGGCUCCCUCUCCCGUUUCCUGGCGCAGCAACCAGCGCAUGUGCUGCAGGGUAGUGCGUACGGCAGUGGGAUGGGGUGGGGUGCCAUGGCAUGGGAUGGGAAUGGGCCGGUAUACAUGACAAGUAAACCCCUGUUAACCCACAACCCACCCUUUUUCUCCCUUCUCUCGCCCUCCGGCUCUCCCCACUUGCCCUGCACCAUCCCCCCCCCAACCUCCUCGGCCCUUUCUCAGGUGCGCCCGUCCCUGUCAUACCUCUCGUCCCGGCCGCUGCUCAUCCCCUUCACCUUCUCGCCGCGCUCGCUCUUCUCCCACGGGCCUGUCACCGAUGUGCUUCUGGACCCCGAUGAGCAAGACGACGGGAGCUCGGGCGAUGAGGAUGGAGGAGGGGCGGACAGGAUUCACACUCAGGGGCAUGAACUGGAAGGCGGGGAGUCAAGUAACGAACCACAAUGGACUCUAUUAGAAUCUGCUGCUUCUGCUGCUGCUGCCACUAAAGCUGGCAUGUUGACUGGCAACGAUGCUGCUCACAGCAACCCUUCCAUGGCUGUGCAGCAUUGCUUCCGCCCCUUGGCCUCUCUUGCUCCCAUGGGCGCCAGUGAAGCAGGCAGGGGAGAAGGGGAAGGCUUAGAUGGAGGGGUAGAUGGUGGGAUGGGGGGAGGAACGAGUGGGUUUGAAGGGGAAGAGGAGGGCCAGCCAGCAACAGUGGUGGUGAUGGCAGUGCGAGCAGCCGCUGUGCGUGAAUUGACACCAAAACGUGGCUUGCAUCACCGUCGUCACCACGAUGAUUACGAUGAUCGUGACAGUGCUGAUGCUGAUGCUGAUGCUGCGGCUGCGGCUGGUGGUGCUGGGAACAAAUCUGCUCUCGCUCACCUGCUUUUCUCGUCGCCAUCAGAACCAGCUGGCAAGUCAACCCAGCAGCAGCAGGCUGAGGCACAGGGACUGGUUGCAGUGCUACUGUCACCCCAUAGCUCUGGCAGUAGCAGCAGUGGCGGCAGUGGCAGCAGUGGCAGCAUGAACAGGGAGCAGGAGAUGGAAGCAGCGGUGGAGGCAGCAGGUGGUGUGUGCCGCGGUGGUUGGAUGGACGGUACCGACCCACACAGUGGGCUCCUGGAGUUCAAGGUCGUGCACCUGAGAGGCGCAAGGGCGGAUAGGAAAUGGGGGACGGGUGGAGGGUGGGAAGGGAAGGAGAGGGGGUGCGUGUUACUCAAGUGCUGCAGUUUUCCCUGUCCCUCUCCUUUUGUCCCUCCUCUUUCCGCCCACUCCACCCCCCUCUCCUCAACCCCUCCUCUCCCCCUUUCCUCUCCCCCCCACUCCCCCCUCUCCGUUGCCUCCAACUUUCAGGCUUUAGCAAAGGCAGUGUUCCCACGAGUGCACAUGCAGGCAGCGCGUGUAGCAGCAGCGGUGGUGCACGGAGCAGUGCAGCGAGUGCAGGCUCUUGUGCAGCGCAUGCAGCAGCAGCUCAACCACGCUGAAAGGGUGGCGGAGAAGAGGACAAAUCUCUCAGCCAUCUUUGCAACUUGGUUGGAGUAUGGGCGGUAUGCGGGGGUGCAGCAUGUGUUCUGGUACGACACUGCACACUCCCAGGAAGAGAGCCAGGAGGCGGCACUGGCAGCGUAUGUGGGGGCGGGCGUGCUGACAUACCACCGCUUCUACCGCCUCUUCCCCGAGUGGCAUGACAUUCACUACGAGCAGGACUCCUCUGUCUCGCACUUCCUCAAGACGUACAGCACGCGGGUGCGGUGGGCGGUGCUGUGCGACAUAGACGAGUACAUGUUCAGCCCCUCUGACACCCUCCCUGGCUUUCUCCUCCGCUUCCUCACACGCCACGUGCAGCCCGCUAGUAAUGCCACGGCACAGGUGGGGUUGAGAGGAAUGUUGUGGGAUGGAGAUGGGUUCACAUACAUUGUGAUGCAUGUCACAGCGUGCCCUCUUCCUCCUCCUCCUCCUCCUCCUCCUCCUCCUCCUCCUCCUCCUCCUCCUCCUCCUCCUCCUCCUCCUCCUCCUCCUCCUCCUCCUCCUCCUCCUCCUCCUCCUCCUCCUCCUCCUCCUUCCAUCCUCGUUAUUGUCGGUUCCAUUUCUCCACCCCAUCACAUCCACGUGAACUUGUUCCCCAACCAACCUACUCCUCACCCUUCUCCCACCACAUCUCCCCCAUACAACCAUAUUCUCCCCACCCCUCCCUCCCCCCACUGCCCAACCAUCUCUCCCCCUCGCCAGGUCCUCGUGCAGAAUCUCUUUUUCCAGGGCGCGCCCACAUGCGCGCCACCGUGCCUCCUAGUGGACGCGUACACGCAGAGGAGCGCGCACACGGAGGGGCCAGUAGCGCGCACCAAGGCCAUUGUGCGCGUGGACCAGGUGCAAGGAAACUUUGGUGGCAACCCGCACAAGUUCUGGAUGAAGGGCGAGGCUAUUGGGGGGGAGGUGGGGGAGGUGGCUUUAGGCGGAAAGGCGGAGGGUGGAGGAGGAUGGAACGAGGGCGGGGAACGGGGAACGGGGGGCGGGGAGGGUAGUGGGGAGGGAGAGAGAGGUGGGGAUGGGGAGCGUGGAGCAGGUGGUGUAAUGGGGGGCAGGCGAGGGAGGGUGACGGUGGUUGCGGACCCGUCGUUGCUGCGUAUGAACCACUACUGGGGCUUGAGAGCUGUUGACUUCAACCCAUGGCCAGAGCACGACCGAGACAAGCUGAUUCCAGAUGCGUCCGUAGGGCCAAUAGCGGACGCCAUACGACCCAGACUAGUGCCUGCAUGGCAGUGGUGUGUUGAAGAGAAGACGCUUCAGGAUAUACACCUUCUAAAAACAUCAAUUGCAAAUUCAUCGCAGCAAUGCAGGAUGCUACAGAUGGCAAUUCAAUGGAUGCAAGCAUAA